AUGGCCUUCCCAAUAACAUGUUGUACGGUGAUUCUAUAUCAAUCACACAUAGUGUUAUCUUUGUUUCUAUUUCUCCCAGUAAUAUUCGCAUCACAAUUUCCCCUUUUGGUUUUUUUCUUCUUCUUCUUCUAUUUUCUUUGUUUUCCACCUUUCAUAAUUGCGAGUGUACAAAAUUGUGCAAAUAAUCGGUGUAGCAAACUUGAGCCUAGUAUUUCAUAUCCUUUCAGAAUAAAAGGUCGUCAAGGCGAACGAUGUGGUUAUCCAGGUUUUGAUCUCAUUUGCAAUAAUAUGAGUAGAACAGUUCUAGAGCUGCCAUUUUCUGAACCAUUCUUGGUCGAGGGAAUUAACUACGGUAGUACUCAUAAUGAGAUACAACUUGUAGAUCCAGAUAAUUGUCUUGCUAGACGUUUUCUGAACCUGCUGAAUCUUUCUGGUACCCCUUUCAUCGGUAUUGAAUAUCAUAAUUAUUCAUUCUUUAGCUGCCCAUCAGUUACUUACGACCCCACGAAACACAUAAGUUGCCUUAGUAACUCCACACACCAAGUAUUUGCUACAGCUAAUACAACAAGUUCCAGUAGUUCAUGGCCUCAUGCAAAUUGCACGUUAGUUGCUACUGUACCAGUUCCAGUUGAAUCCGGUAUGGAUGUGUAUGGACAUCCUUGGCUUGCAUAUACAAUUGUUCUUCAUCUCACAUGGCCUUGGAAGCAAGCACCAUACUGCAAACGAAACGGCUGUAAUGAAAGGUCGAACUUUCCAUCCUUCAGAGACCCUGAUGUUCCCAGGCGUGGUUAG